CUGAGCUUUUGUGUUGAAGAAGUCGGAAGUGAGAAGAGGACGCUUGUGGUUUACAGAGCUGUAUAAAACUGAAGUGUCAUCCUGCAUCCAUGCCAUGACAGCAGGAUUGUAGCGUCCUGCUCACAACUGAAAUACACAGAGUAUCAUAUUUUAUUCAGAUCGCUGUGGCUGUGUUUUCUCCCUCCAAAGCGCGUUAUUCUUCGACUGUAUAGACUGUCAUGAGAUCAGUUUGGGCAUGGCGUCCUUCCAGAGUUACUGUAAGACGGCGGGAGCAGCGGAGGAUGAGAACGGAGAACUGGACCGGUCCUUGGAGCACAUGCUGAAGGCCAUAGCGGACGAACGAAACCGACUAAAUAUUCGACAGGAGAUCAGUGGGCUCGGGUGUUUUAAAGAUGACCGAAUUGUGUUCUGGACGUGGAUGUUCUCCACAUACUUCAUGGAGAAGCUGUCACCACGUCAGGACGACAUGCUUUUCUAUGUGCGACGCAAGCUCUCUUAUGUCAGCGCUGACAACACAGAAGGGAAGAAGGUGGAGGUCGAAGUGUACAGAAGGGAUUCGAAAAAGCUGCCUGGACUCGGGGACCCGGACAUAGACUGGGAGGAGAGUGUGUACCUGAAUCUCAUCUUACAAAAGCUGGACUACGUGGUCACGUGUGCUGUGUGUACACGCACAGAUGCAGGAGACAUCCACAUCCACAAAAAGAAGACGCAGCAAGUGUUCGCUUCUCCCAGCAAACACCCAAUGGACAGCAAGGGUGAGGAGUCCAAGAUGAGCUACCCGAACAUCUUCUUCAUGAUCGACAACUUUGAGGAGGUGUUCAGUGAUAUGACUGUUGGAGAAGGAGAGAUGGUGUGUGUGGAGCUGGUGGCCAGCGACAAGAGCACCACUUUCCAGGGAGUGAUCUUCCAAGGCUCCAUCCGCUACGAGGCCCUUAAAAAGGUUUACGAUAACCGGGUGAGUGUGGCUGCUAAAAUGGCCCAACGCAUGUCCUUCGGCUUCUACAAAUACAACAACAUGGAGUUUGUGCGGAUGAAGGGCCCUCAGGGGAAAGGGCACGCCGAGAUGGCUGUGAGUCGAGUGCCGACUGGAGACACGUCACCCUGCGGCACCGAGGAGGACCAGGACUCGCCUCUGCACGAGAGGGUGACGUCGUUCAGCACUCCCCCGACCCCCGAGAGAAACAGACCCUCCUUCUUCUCUCCCUCUCUGCGCCGCAAAGUGCCCCGAAACCGCAUAGCCGAGAUGAAGAAAUCCCACUCUGCCAACGACAGCGAGGAGUUCUUCAGGGACGAGGAUGAAGAAGACCUGUGUAACACCACAAACCUUCGCUCACGCUCUCUUUCGGGAACUGGCCGCUCACUCGUGGGCUCCUGGCUGAAGCUGAACAGGACGGAGGACUACUUCCUGCUCUACUCACAUCUCACCUACAUCACUCUUCCUCUACACCGGAUAACUACAGAUAUUCUGGAGGUGAGACAAAAGCCUAUUCUGAUGAUCUAGCGGCUCCUGACUUCCUUAGAACUUGUGACUAAGUGCCUCUCCACAUCAGGCCCCUCAGAUGACAGCGCCAUCUAGCAUCCAUACAGAGAACCAAAAAAACCACCACUGACUAAAGGAGAGGAGAAGAAAUGUGAGAACUAAGGACUUAUUAAAAACCAGCCAAUCAAGAAGUGCCUCUUCCACCUGUUUUCUGUGACAGUCUGUAUGUGGACACGAGAGCAACAGCCUGAGUGACUGAACACUGUCUGAAAUGCCUCGUUCCAUCAGAUCAGAUCGGCUCAGGCUCAGAAGGCAGGACUUGCUAACGUCCCACCUGCGAGCGAAAGGGAAAUGUAUCAAAGAGAGAAAAAAAAAAAAAACAUGCAAAAGAAUGUCUCUGUUCCUUGUAAAUACACUGCUGCUUAGAAUACUCAGUGAAUCUACCAACCACGACCCUCUCAGCCUUGUGUAAACAAACUCUGCUGGGUCUUUCAAUGUUGUCGAUUUGUGCGUAGUGCUUUUUUCCAAAGGCAAAACACCCCAUCCCCAACCCCUCACCUCGCCUCAUCCCUAGGCCUUAACACCUCCUAACCAGCUAAUGUGAUAUCCGGCCUCUGUUUUAUGGCCUACGACCAACAGAGUCUGGAAUUAGGAAUGCUGGAUGUGUCUUAAGUUCAACGUUCCGGUUCACAGAAAGAAAAAAAAAAGCCGCACAAGUAGAUUUCUUUUCUUUUGUUUAAAAAAAAAAAAAAAAAAAAAAAAAAAAGAUGAUACAUUUGUUCAUUUGUAUGUUUGGAGAUCUUUGUAAUCAUUGUGAUAUUUAUUACUGAGUGUUGCAAGUGUGAGGUGUGCAAGUGCACCAGAAUGAUGCUGAAGCUGCAAGGCCUUGAAGAGGUUUCCCUGAGGAUGACGCAAUCCAUCUCUUGUGCUAUUCAGCAAACGCAAUUGAGCCGUUUGUAAAACUACUACAUUUCAGAAACACUCCUGUCCUACAGAAGCCCUGAAACACAAGUUGUGGGGGAAAAAAUUUUAAGGGCUAUGCUGUUAUUUUGAUUUAAUAACUAAUAUUAUGUCAUUAUUAUGACUUAAUAUCUCAUUUCAACAUAGUAUUUUAUUAGUUUAAAUGAUCUCAUUAUUUAGAUUUAACUUAUUUUGAGUUAUCUUGUAAAGCAUUUAAAUAAAUUCCCAAUAAUUAGACAUAUAUGACAGACAUAGUCUCUCAUAGGCUUACUAUCUGCAGCAUACAGAAAAAGAAUUACAAGCUAAUAUUCAUAAAAUUAAUCUUAUUGAUCGAUUAUAUGGCGUUAAAUAUUCCAUAUAUUAAAAUAUGGUGUUCUAUGUGGUGUAAUGAGGAUAACUAGACAUCCAUCCGUACAUCCAUUUUCUGUGCCGCUUACUGAGACUGGAGCCUAUACCAGGAGACUUCGGGCACAAGACGGGGGACACCUCGGACGGGUAUUUUCCGGGGAGGAAACCCCUGAAGCACGGGGAGAACAUGCAAACUCCACACACACAGGGCAGAGGCAGGAAUCUAACCCCCAACCUUGGAGGUGCGAGGCAAACGUGCUAACCUCUGAGCCAUCGUGCUCCUAAUAACCAGACAGAACAUCCUGAAAUAAGUUAUUAAAUCAGAAUCCUGAAAUAACAAGUUAAAUCAAAAUCAUGACAUCCUGAAAUGAAUUGUCAAAAUAAUGACAUAACAACCUGAAUUAAGUUGAAAUAAUGAAAUAAUAUCUUGAAAGAAGUUAUUAAGUUCGAAAUAAUGACAUAUCCCUUCUUAACUUUUUUCAACUUGUGGUUCAGGAUCACACAAUUUGUUUAGUCUUUGAAGGCUUUAGGGAUUCUUUAACGAUGAGUUGAAACUCUGCCCCUUUCUGUUCCUCUAGUUCUGUCUUUCCUUGUAAAGUGUUUGAGUAUUUAAAGGUCUGGUGGCCGUUGUCUUUCAACACAUUUCUGUUAAUAGGUUGGCUUUGAAAAUCCCUGACAAUGAAGUGUUUAUGGAGGAAAUGAGGAACAAACCCAGAUUGUCAGUAUUAUGUUGGAUUUUGCGAGCUGAAUGUAUUCCUGUCGACUGCUUUAAAGACGGCUUUAGUAACCGUUUGAUAUUUGAAAGGCUAUGUUUGUCAGCAACAUUUUUUUUUAUGCUUCACAAUUCACGGCCUUUGUAUUUCUUUGUAUUUAUUUUCUCCUGGAAGGCUGUAGAAGCCCAUGUCAACCAAAUAGGAAGCUCUGUUCAAGAGAGGUCCUGUGGUACAUACACACUUCUUUAAUCGCUUUAACCAUGUUUUUUGUAUUCAGUUUUUAAAAACUACACGUGCAUGUUUAUCCUACAUUUAUGUUACACCGGUAAUAAUUGUACAUUUUCUGUACCUCUUAUUGAAAUACAAAUUACCAAAAAAAAAAAAAAAAACGUUUUUGAAUUUAUGAACUAUUUACACAAGUAUUUACACAUGGGAAGGACAAGGACAUGUAAUGCUGAGGAACGCAAGCUACGAAAUUAGGAGGUCGCACCACACAUCAGUGAAUCAGGUUAAUACCUUAUAAUAAGAUGUCUGUGCACAGGUAAGACCAAGUGUGACAAUUUUGGAAAAUUGUGCGUGUGUGCAUUUGAAUGAACAGUAUGCUCAAGUUUAUGACAGGUUCUGCAUUUGAUUUUUCCAUCACACAUGCUAAUAUGUUCACAUGGCUUUAAUUAGGCCUACAUGAAACUAGAGUCAUGAUAUUGUGGCAUAUGCGAAUACCGAGUACAAUACCGGCUGUAGCUGUAACUGUAAUGUGAUGUUUAAUAAGCCUGCAGGAACGUACUUUGCUUUCUUUUCUCUACUAAUGGACUGGCAAAGAAAUUUUAAAGACCUCUAAAGCGUCCAUAAUUGCUAAAGAUUUUUAAAAUGUGGAUUUAAACACCAGUUAAAUAUAUGAACAGUUUGAUAACACUAAGACAUGGAAAAGGGUCGUUCAGUGAUUGAUUAAGACAUUGGGCUUAAUCCUCAGCUACUCUCUUGUAAGUUGCUUUGAAUAAAAUGUCAUCCAAAUGAGGUAAAUGUAAAAAAAAUAAAUAAAAAUAGCUAACAUCAUUAAA